CCAGGAUGUGAGGUGGAGAAAAGUUCUGUCGAGCAGCCAAAUUUGCCAUUUAAAGGGACGAAAACAGCCAGGAAUACAACGAGUUUAGAUUCUCGUUACAAAUAGGACGAAGUAUGGCAGCUGCAGCCUCGGAACCCGCCACCACGCGGCCGGUGAGAGUGUGGAUGGACGGGUGCUUCGACAUGGUGCAUUUUGGCCACGCCAACGCCCUGCGCCAGGCUAAGAAGAUGGGUGACGUACUUGUAGUUGGGGUUCACUCCGAUGACGCUAUCUCUAAGUACAAAGGACCACCCGUUUGGACUGAGCAAGAGAGAUACAAGAUGAUCCGAGCUAUCAAGUGGGUUGAUGAGGUGGUAGAGGACGCGCCGUACUUCCCGACACCCGAGCAACUGGACACGUACGGCUGUGACUUCUGUGUCCACGGUGACGACAUCAGUACAACCGUAGAUGGGGAGGACUGCUACAGUGCGCUGAAAAAUGGCGGCCGCUACCGCAUGUGUUCUCGUACCCAGGGUAUCUCGACAACGGACCUGGUGGGACGCAUGUUGCUGAUGACACGUGACCAUCACCUUGAUAACACUAACGGUGCCAUAGACAAUCAAGAGUUUGCAGAACUCCAUGAGAAGUGCCCCUGGACCGGCGUGUCGCAGUUUAUAGCGAGCACACAGAAGAUCCUGGAAUUCUCCAGUGGAAUUGAACGUAAACCAAAUGACAAGGCCGUAUACAUACCAGGUUCCUUUGACCUGUUUCACUGCGGCCAUCUUGAUUUUCUGGAGAGGGUCCGCCAGGAGGGGGAUUACGUCAUCAUCGGUCUCCAUGGCGACGCCGUUGUCAACUGGUAUAAAGGCUGCAACCAUCCUAUCAUGAAUAUUCAUGAGCGAGUCUUGACCCUGCUGGCAUGCAAGUACGUGUCAGAAGUCGUGAUCGACGCCCCAUACAAGAUUACAGAAGAGAUGAUGGAACAGCUGUCUAUAGACAUGGUGUGUCACGGGAAACCGGGCAGCCCUGUACCACCCUGCAAGGACGGAGGCGACCCGUACGCCGUCCCUAAGGCGCUGUGGAAGUUUAAGUUGUUAGACAGCGGAAAUGACCUGACUACCACGAUUCUCAUUGACCGGAUUAUCCGGAACCGGAUCUCAUACCGGACCCGGAACCAGAGAAAGGAAUCACGGGAACUGGAGAUGUACAAGGAAGUCUACGGAGAGUGAAAUAUUCUUUGAAGAAAGUAAAACUUUUUAUUUGCACAUAUACAGACAAUCCAUGUGCAUAUGGGUUAACUUCCUAUUGUAAUACAAAUUUACGUAAGUAAUCAUCAUUUACUGUAACAUUUACAUUUCUGUAUGAUUUACGUGACAAAGUAACAACUACAUCAAAUUUCGACGAUUGUAACAUAUGUGCAGCGACCUUGGCAUUUCAACUUUAUUGAACUUUCAUGAUUAUCUCCACUUUAUAAACGGUACUCUGUGUCUAUUAAACAAUAAUCAUGUUUCUAAGGCACAACAUAAAAUAUCAGGAUUGACCAUUCACAGCAUAAUUGCACAUUCUCCUAUCAUUAUAUUAACAAAUUUCAAAAUUAUUCUAUUCGGAUUUUAUAAUCUUACCUAUACAACAAUAAGGCACAGUAGUUUAUAUCUGAAUGAAUGAAAAAAGGGCAGCAUAAUAAAUGAAUAGAUAUCAAAAUACUUUGCAAUUUAUACACAUAGUUCAUCACUUUUAAGAAUCAUUCAAAACAUACAACAUUAAGACAAACGAUUGCAACAUUGUUUUUCUUUGGUUCAAAUUAACUUUUGCAAACUAAACCACGUUGUCUGUCUAUAAUAAUACUAUAUCAAUGUUGCUAAUACAGAGCUUCACUUGUGGAAAAUAAAAGCCCUACAUUUUCAACAAUAGGUGGGUUGAAUGAUUUCUG